AUUGCGAGAAAUGUCGCAUUCUUGAGGAUUGGGGUUGGUUAAGAAGCACUCAGCUUCUCUUAGGGUUUUUAAGUAACGUUAGUACCGUUAUUGUGGCCAUGGGUGUGAUGGUAAUUUUUCCUUUUGUAUUUGCUUUGCUUCUUCAAUGUCAAGCAACAUAUGUCGGAAAUUACGUUGGUAGAUAUGGCCCACUCCCUGCUGCACCAUUAGGAUUUGCAAAAGCUGCCCCAUAUCCAGUCCCGGCAUUGGGAAUUGCAAAGGGUGCUCCAUACCCUGUUCCAGCACUUGGAAUUGCCAAAGGUGCUCCAUACCCCGUUCCAGCACUUGGAAUUGCCAAAGGUGCUCCAUACCCUGUUCCAGCUUUGGGAUUUGCCAGACCACCUUAUCCAGUUCCAGCACUUGGUAUUGCAAAAGGUGUUCCAUAUCCUGCUCCAGCUUUAGGAUUUGCUGCACCACCUUAUCCAGUUCCAGCCUUAGGAAUCGCCAAAGCUCCCUACCCGGUUCCGGCAUUAGGCAUUGCUAAAGCUCCGUAUCUUCCCCCGAGAUUAGCUUAUACACAACUGGGAGUUCCUAGGCUUCCCUACGCUGUUCCAGUUGGAUUUGAUUACUUAUACAACAGUAUUUCACCUCCUUUAGGAUUUCUUGAAGCAGCUCCAUAUCCAUUAGGCUAUGCGAAAGGAGUGCUACCACCCCCAGCAAGGUUUGCCUACUCACCAGCAAUAAAUCUGGUUGGAAAUUAUGCCUACCCAUUGAAAAAGUAAAGAAUUGUAACUCUGACUCGAUGAAAUUUCACCAAAAGAUCUCAAAAGAUGAAGCUGGGCGGAAGAAAUACUCUCA